AUGAGUAAUCAAGAAUCACAGAUGCAAAACGCAGAGCUCCAAGACUCCGAGGGCUCUGAUCCUUUGAAACGCCUCGCCCUCCUCCGCCUCGAAAGCCUACUCUCCGCCGCAGCAACCACCACCGCCGACGCUUCCACCCCCGCCCGCGAUCACUGCACCAUGUGCGGCGGCAACAUGAAAAGGCGAUCCCCAUCGCCCUCGUCUCUGCACGAUCCCUGUCUAACCCCGGACUCGCAACCACGCACCAAGAAGAUCUCCCUCGAACCCACCUCCGCCGCUGACCAACACCACCGCCUUCACGGCUUCACCAAGAUCCCCCUUCCCAUCUCCACCCCCUUCAGGCCUCCAUCCCCUGUUCUGCGCCGGUGCUGCUCUGACCCCGUCAAUUCUCCGGGAACCCCCAAUCCCGGAGCUCCGGCGACCCAAUCGCCCGAAUCUUUAGUGGGUUCCAACAAUGCCAAGGCGGUGAACGGUUCUGCGGCGACGCCGUCGCCGUCAAGAGGAACAGGGUCGGCGUCCUUGCCACCUCUUCCACCCACGCUUCGCCGGUCGGUCUCCGAUCCCACUCAGUCGACCUAUAAGACGCCGCCGCGGCCGGCGAGGACAGAGAGUCAAAUGGCUAAUUUUCUGGGUCCGAGGACAUUGUCCCGAUCGUCGAGUUCCGUCGAGACGGAUGCCAGUAAUAUGGCGAUGUCAGAUUCAAUCAAGGAAGAAAGCCCCAACUCCAAGAGGCUGCACAGGAUGAAGGAAAGGAUGAGGGAGAUGAGCAUAUGGUGGGACGAAGUAAUGCGUGAAGGUCAAGAAGAAGAAGAUGGCGGCUCUGAAGUAAUCAAUGCCAGCAGCUGCGCCAAGGAUGGUGAAUUUGAGAGUGACACAGAGGAGGCUGUGUGUGUGGAGAAUGUAGGAGAGAGCUUAAGGGUUCAUUUCAGGUGUCCCUGUGGAAAAGGCUAUCAGAUUCUUCUUUCUGGAAAGAACUGUUUCUACAAGUUGAUCUAGUCCG